CGAUAAGAAAAGCAGGUGAUCAAACAAUGCAAGUUUCCUCCUACAAUGAGCGUGAGUUCAACGAGGGUCCCAGAAUCUGCGGUGGCGCUAUCUUUCUCAAGUUCAUGAAGAAGGGAAAGUGUGGGUCACCGCUGUCAAAGAAGGACCAGAUCUCCUUCUUGACUUCGACGUCAUCCUCUUUGUCUCCCACUUUAAACGAUCGCAGAUUGCAACAAAAUUUGUACGAUCCUACCAAUCAGCAGUAUUGCAUGCCACGUCAAAUUGAAGGGGCGAGUACGUCGACUCUAAAAGAACAAAGAGAUGAUAGCAAACUCGAUUUCAAGCUACGGCCAUUGGAGCGUGCUAUCUCUUCGUACGAUCGCGAUAGAAACAAUCAAGGCACAUUUUCCUCUGCCAGAGAAGGACCAGAGGAAUCUAUUUGUAUUGACGACGCAGAACUUUCUCAGAGCGUUGUGCAGUUCGAUCCAAAUUUCAUCAAUGACCUGAAAACGAAACACCUGAGAUCGAUGAAUGGAAGAAAGGAAAUGGACCAAAAUUCCGAAUUCGAGAAAUCAGCCGAACCAUCUGGUGUUGAUGCCUCAGCUGACGAAGUCGAUGUCACAUGGAAUGACCCUCAAUCGACACGGAUAAACCAAAAACAAGGACAGCAUUUAUCCAAGGUUCGUGUGAUGAGAAAAGAAAUGUCAUCAUUUCGCAAAGAACUCGAUGCUGUCAAGAAUUCAUUGCCAACUCAGGCUCAGACGCCGUUGAACGAAGACCAUUACAUUCUUGAAGAUGAGCACUGGGAGAGAACAAAUGUAUUCGCUUCGACGGACCGCAAACAGGRUACCUUUACGCACCGGAGUGAGAUCGAUUCAAAAGAAUCCUCAGAACAGGAUGUGUGGAAAAAAAUCGACAUGUUUUCAUUGAACCGAAAAAAUGCAGAGUGUAGAGUUGGAGAUAGGCAAUUCAAUUCGAAUGUGAGCUCCGAUCAGGAUGAUGUAUGGAAGGAAAGUAGCACGGUUGCUUCACAGCAAACAAAACAAGUGAGCGCUCUUGAAAAAUCUGAGAAGUACUUCAAAAGUGAAUGGGAUUUCAAGUUCAAAGAUCAGGAAAGGCACAGCGAUAAAAAGACUGAGAAAAAUCAUCCGGAUGCUGAAAAUUCAGUAAAAAGUGAGAAGCAAACAUUGAAGCAAUCAGAAGAAAGAACUGGAUCAGAGACGACUGCAGAUGAAAAUUUGGUAACUAAACCUAGCGAAAUGGGUUCUGCAAUAAAUACUAAUGAUGAACUCUCUGCUAAUGAACCAAACAAAACCUCGAUGGCCAAAAACGAUGCAUUGCCAGCGACGACAACAAAAAGUGAACAGCACCGCGACACUAAUGAGAUACCAUUCGACGGAACUAAAAUCGAGGAGGAAGUAGAAAAUCAAAAAGAAUCCGAUAAAAGAAACCAAAGUGCAGGCAUUUCAUCAACAAUGCUAACAAAAUCGGAGUUGACCGAGUUGGAGAGGCUUGAAGCAAUUCACAUUGUACUUCAACGAGAAAAGGCAAAGUGUAUCAAUAGUGACUCAAUCGAUUCUACGCAUUAUGAUGAAGAUUUGAAGAUUGUGAAAAAACUUUUGAAAAAGUACAAAACACCUGGAAAAACACGCGUUGGUGGACCGAAGCAUGCACAUCCCGCCAUCGGUGCGCCAACCGAUGCAUGGUUUCAUCGCCAUGCUAUGGGGAGUGCUGGCAUGCAGCGAAAAAUAGAGAAAACGUCAGGUUCAAUAGGUGGUAACACCAAUCGGGAUACAAGCCGCCGACAGCAAGUGGAAAAUGAAGUGCAAAAUAAUCCAGUUAUGCAUCGAAAAACAGAGAAAACGUCAAAUUCAAUAGGUGGUGACACCAACAGGGAUUCUAGCCGACUACAGCGAGAGAACAACGAAAUAAAUGAUUCGUCUCUUCGUGACAGAUCAACACUUCGUCAAGGAUCUAAAACAGGGUCGUCACAAAACGUAAACCGUGUGCGUUUUGCGAUUAGCGAUAGUCAGCCAGCAAACACCGACAUUUUCAACGGAUCCAGUGCGUCGAUGGGAAAAAUGAGCGAUAGAAUCAAAUUUUGGGAGUCAAACAGGCCUUGAUUUCGUGCAGAAAUGUAUUAUUUGAAAAAAAUKGAAAUCAUUCUUCUUGCACCUGCACACCGGAUGAUUCUAGUGGUAGCCCUUUUAUACACACCCUAUCCACGGAAUGAUACGAUGCUUUGGUGAGAAUAGGGGGUCUUCAUCAGUUCAUGGAACAUUACCUGGUGCAUAUAAGGYAUCUAUACAAUUCGUGCUGUACAGAAUACGUGUCUAUGCCGCAAAAAUGCAACCAUGAAUACUAGUGUACCACAGCAACACCUCAGACGAAGCCAUAAAACAUAAUUUUGGGAAUUUUGGUUGAGCAACGAGUCUAGAGGUGUUCUUGGAGGUUUUAAGUGUUCUUAGUUGUAGAGAUGAACUCCAAGAUCUAUCCGAAUACCACUAUUUUUAUUUACUUUAGAUACCUACUAGCAUGCUCUCAACUUCUUCAUAAAAAAUAGUGCCAGCU